UCCCCGUGCUUACAGGGCAGAAUGGCUCAGGACAUGACAGAGAAGGAGCUGCUGAAGAUGGAGCUGGACCAGCUGAAGAAGGAGGUGAAGAACGAGAGGCAGAUGAUCUCCAAGACCGGCAAGGAGCUCAAGGAGUACAUCGAGUCCAUGGCAGGAGAGGACCCGCUGCUGAAAGGAGUCCCCGAGGACAAGAACCCCUUUAAGGAGAAGGGGGGCUGCACCAUAAGCUGACCCCGCUGCUGCUGUCACCGCUGGGCACAGGGGUGCUCCCAUGUGCAAGCCGGGACUGUCCAACCCUGCUUUCCCUGUAGUCUGCCCUCGGCACCGGGGGGUCCGGCACCCAAGCGUAGCGCACCUAAGGGCCAGCAAAGGCAGCAAAGCAGAGCAGCAGCCCCCCCAUGACCCCUGGCACGGA